AGUUGAGGUCCGACACGAGAAAAACGAAAAAGAAAGUCACCAAUCAGCUUCUCCUCGUUGAAGGAUUGGCUUGUGCGUGAAUCGAUCGGACAUCCGGAUUGGUUGUGCUUUACACGACUUUCGUUAUGAUGUUCCACCUUCUUUGUUUCUCCGUUCUUUUCCUACACGCAACUUAUGUGCAUUAGCUCUGUGCCUUCUGCCAAACGGUUUCGCUUCGACAAGCACAUCAUCGAACACUUUUAUCACAGAUGUUAUUGACGCUAGCAACCUCGUCACGGCGGUUGCCUAAAAGACAUCCGGGUGCACCGUUUUCGAAUACGUUUUCCCCUAACGAUGGAAUCCCGCGAAUCAGUUAAUCACACAUCAAAGCCGAAGACAUCAUUUCUGAUAGAGGAUAUUCUUUUUCAACGCCCUAAGCAAUCAUUUGGAGAAGUACCUGUAAGUAGAGAUACCACAUUCCACAGGCACCAGUCGUCUAACAGUGCGUCUGAAAUUAGUAACCGGUGUUACGAGAUGCUGUUGUCCAAUAGCGGAAACAGUGGGUUGCAACAACAGCAGGCUAAUAUAUCUACUAAUCCUUCUGACUACACCUUCUUUCCAAAUGCUUUGGCUGCCGCUUUCCUGUGUCCUGCACCUCCGAGCACCUUUAACCUCAGCAAUCAACGUUGCAACAAGAUGGAUGCACAACAUCCCGCUCCCCUGUUCUUUCAAGCGACAGGGCUGCCUUUAACGGCUUUACUGGCCGCCGACGCGGGAGCCAAACACGGACGCAGGCGGAAAGCUCGGACGGUGUUUUCCGAUCACCAGCUACAUGGAUUAGAACGACGUUUUGAGAAACAACGUUAUCUAUCGACUCCUGAACGUGUUGAAUUGGCACAUGCGCUACAUCUUAGCGAAACUCAAGUUAAAACGUGGUUCCAGAAUCGCCGAAUGAAACACAAAAAGCAAUUACGUAGACAUGACGACAAAAAACACAGGUGCAAUGCCACAUCGGCAAGUGGCCAACUAGAUCAUUCUAUGCAAGACGGUCCGGCCGAUCUAUCCUUUCGCGGUGCGUUACAAUCCAACGACAUGUCGUCCGAGUCCGAGUGCUCCGACAGCCUACUCGAAGAUGAUGUUGACGUCAUGAGUGAUGAUACGUAAUUAGU